AAACCCUGUCCGCUAGGCGAUGCAGGCCGAAUCUUCCACGCCCGCCACGCGAGCACAUGAGCACGUCGCCACCGCAGGCCGCAGGCGCGACGCGACCGCAAGUGCCGUCUCCGCCACAAGCCACAGCACAGCUAGCUCAGAGCAACAAAUAUGAUGCUUCAACCAUCUGUCUCUUCAUUCUUCCUCGCCUAGCUAGCUGAGACCCUGACCUGAUCGCGCGAGCUAUAAAUACCCACCACUGUCCCGGCGGGCCUUCCUCCCGCCCGCUCGCCUCCUGUCUUGGACUGGACAGCAGCACGGGCGCGCGCACGGCAGUAGCUGCGCCAUUGCACGCCUCCGGCCGGCCGCUGCUGUGCUGCCGCCGCACACCCGUCCUCGCACCGCACUGUGUGUGCCUCGUCCUCCACGCGGCAGAAGGUGCUGAUCCGUUGCAGGUUUGGCGCGCCACCGCGUAUGCUCGCUCGCGUUUGCUGAUGUUCAUCUAAUUCUAUCCGCGGCCGAAAGAGCAAUUGUCCGCGCGCGGAGGGGCGGCCGGCGGCCGGCGGCGGCGAAGGGAGAGAUUUCUACUCAAGUUUCAGACUGUUAUUUGUGACGUCAAGAUGGUUAAUUUCGGAAAGAAAUUGAUGGCCGAUCAAGUGGAAGAAUGGAAAGGAUACUACAUCAAUUACAAGCUGAUGAAGAAAAUGUUAAAGCAAUAUGUCCAACAGACCCAGCAUGGUGGGAAAGAUCGUGAACAAGUUCUUAAAGAGUUUUCAAGGAUUCUUGAUGACCAGAUUGAAAGAAUCGUGCUUUUUCUGCUACAACAACAAGGCCAUCUUGCCAGUAGGAUUGAGGAAUUGGGAGAAAAACGCUCUGCUCUGGAAGAGUAUGACAUAUCACAAGUUUAUCAGCUACAUGAUGCAUACAGAGAAGUCGGGCUUGAUCUUAUAAAGCUUCUCCGCUUUGUUGACGUGAAUGCUACCGGUAUACGCAAGAUACUAAAGAAAUUUGAUAAACGCUUUGGCUACAAGUUCACUGAUUAUUAUGUCACCACUCGCGCAAAUCAUCCUUAUUCUCAGCUUCAGCAAGUCUUUAAGCAAGUGGGAAUUGUAGCUGUUGUAGGUGCAUUAUCGCGCAACCUUGAAUAUCUGCAACAUCAUGAAGGAAGCUUUGUAUCCAUCUAUGAUCGUCCAGCAGUUACUUUGAAGGACCCUAUUAUAGACCAAGUAAACCAUGCAGUACAGAAGCUCACGCAUGCCACGAAUUUUAUGCAAUUCUUGGGACAACACUCGCUUAUUGUCCAGGAAGAUGCACAAAGCGGGUCAGAGGACCUUGUUGAUGAUCAGAGCUACCAUUUCAUGUCGCUGAUGCUUAAUCUAGUGAACACAUUCCUUUACAUGGUGAAUACAUAUAUCAUUGUGCCGACUGCAGAUGACUAUGCAGUAAGCCUUGGGGCUGCUGCAACUGUCUGUGGUAUAAUUAUUGGAUCGAUGGCAGUCGCUCAAGUUUUCUCCUCAGUCUACUUCAGCGCCUGGUCAAAUAAGUCCUACUUCAAACCUCUUGUAUUCAGUAGCAUUGUGCUGUCUCUUGGAAACCUGCUGUAUGCAUUGGCAUUUGAUCUAAAUUCACUGUCAGUUCUCCUAAUUGGACGACUGUUAUGCGGGUUAGGCUCUGCAAGAGCAGUGAACCGUCGCUAUAUCAGUGACUGUGUGCCUCUCAAGAUGAGGCUACAAGCCUCUGCCGGGUUCGUUAGUGCUAGCGCUCUUGGCAUGGCAUGUGGGCCUGCUCUGGCUGGUUUUCUCCAGACUAAAUUCAAGAUAUACUCGAUCACUUUUAAUCAGAGCACAUUGCCUGGAUGGGUUAUGUGCAUUGCUUGGCUUAUUUACUUACUGUGGCUAUGGUUUACAUUCAAGGAGCCGGAACACUUCACUAAAACUUUGGUCAAUGAACAUCCAUCAGAAUCAGGUCGCCAAGGAAAUUCUAACUUGGAGGAAGGUCUAGCUCAACCAUUGCUUCUAGGUGUAGAACAGAGGCAGGAUGAGAACUCAGACGAUAGAUCGAACCAUGGAUCUCUUCUUAUGUAUUCAUAUCUUUAUGAUCUUGUUGUUUGUCAGGCCCAGCUGUUGAUAUACUUCAUGCUCAAGUACGCAAUGGAGAUACUACUCUCAGAAUCAAGCGUUGUCACCACAUACUAUUUUAGCUGGUCUACUAGUUCUGUGGCUAUCUUUCUAGCGAUUCUUGGAUUAACGGUUCUUCCAGUAAAUGCAAUCGUUGGAAGCUACAUUACGAACUUGUUUGAGGAUAGGCAAAUUUUGCUGGCAUCUGAAGUCAUGGUUCUCAUUGGUAUAAUCAUGAGCUUUCGUUUCACACCUCACUACUCCAUUCCGCAAUAUGUCAUUUCAGCUCUCAUCACAUUUGUAUUUUCUGAGGUGCUUGAAGGAGUGAAUCUGUCCUUGCUUUCACGAGUGAUGUCGUCAAGGCUUUCCCGAGGGACCUACAAUGGUGGACUCCUUUCAACAGAGGCCGGGACGUUGGCCCGUGUAGUUGCAGACGCCACCAUUACUGCAGCCGGUUAUCUAGGCACGGACCUCCUUCUCAAUGUCACUCUUCUGCCACCUCUUGUGAUCUGCAUAGUCUCCAUCGCAGCAACACUCUACACUUACAACAAUCUCUACUGAAGAAGCAUGUCUCUUGUAGCUGUACAAGUGUAUAGCAAUGUUCCUAAGCUAAAACGAUUCCUGCCCAGAAUGGGUUUGUAUAUCUGUUCGAGCAUGGUUUGUAAACAUUUUGAUGAAGUAUAUAUGCAAUAUUUCUUGUA